GCAGAGUCUGUGCUCACUCAUUUGAGCCAUGGCGAGUUUGGAAAUGGGUGUUGCGACAAGCCAAGAGACAGUUGGAGCCCUCGCUCGCGCAUGGAGGCGGUCGAUGGGCUUGCCCAAGAGCUUGAUGGCGAAAGCGGUGGAGGUGGCCAGGAAGGCAGUGAAGCUUGGGCAAGAUGACCCAAGACGAGCCACUCAUUCACUCAAAGUAGGGUUUGCACUUUCUUUAGUGUCGUUGAUCUAUUACUUCCAGCCACUCUACGACAACUUCGGCGACAACGCAGUCUGGGCCAUCAUGACCGUGGUGGUCGUCUUCGAAUUCUACGUCGGGGCCACUCUAAGUAAAGGGUCGAAUAGAGGACUCGCUACAUUACUUGCCGGUGCACUUGGUGUUGGUGCUUGCCACUUAGCAAGUCUCUCCGGGAAAACCGUCGAGCCCAUACUGCUUAGUUUCUUCGUCUUUCUCCAAGCCGCCGGUACGACGUUCAUGAGGUUCUUCCCGCGAAUCAAGGCGAAGUACGACUACGGGAUGCUGAUAUUCAUACUGACGUUCGCGCUGGUGUCAGUGUCGGGCUUCCGGGCGGACGAUAUACUGGAGUUCGCGCACCAGCGGCUCUCCACCAUCGUCAUUGGCGGCUCUGCCUGCCUGAUCGUCUCCAUCAUCGUGUGUCCCGUCUGGGCCGGCGAAGACCUCCACCGGCUCAUCGCUCUCAACAUGGAAAAGCUUGCCAACUUCUUGGAAGGAUUUGGAGAUGAAUCCUUAAGAGAAUCAGAAGAAGAUGGUGACUCGAAUCAAGACAAGUCGCUUGUUCGAGGAUAUAAAAGUGUUCUCGGAACGAAGAGCAACGAAGAGUCUCUGGCAAUUUUAGCGAGUUGGGAACCACGUCACGGCCAGUUCCGCUUUCGUCAUCCGUGGAAGCAAUACCUAAAGAUUGGAGCUUCCAUUCGUCAAUGUGCCUACAGAAUUGAAGCCCUUGAUGGCUACCAAACCUCGAAAUUCCAUGCGCCACCACAAGUUCAAACCAGGCUCAAAGAGCUCUGCGUAGAGAUGAGCAUGGAAGCCGCAAGAGCUUUGAAGCAACUCUCAUCUUCCCUCAAGACGAUGACCGCACCGUCCUCCGCGACUCCCCACCUCGAGAAGUCCCGAGCCGCCGCAAAAGCCCUCAAGUCGCUGCUCAAGACGACCUCCUGGGAGGAUGCGACUGACCUCCUUGACAUUGUCCACGCCGCCACCGUCAGCUCGCUUCUCAUCGACAUCAUCGACUGCACGGACAAGAUUGCCGAGUCCGUCAGUGAGCUCGCGUCCCUCGCCGGCUUCAGGACUGCGGAGAAGCAUCUCAAGCGCGAAGAAGUCGUGCUGACUGUAACUGCACUCGAAAAUGGAAGUCUUCAGGUUAGACCGGCUCCGGCGCGGGUGUUGUAGCUAAUAGGUAUGG